AUGGCCGCCUCACUCCCUCCACUCCGCAUUGCCGUUGCCUGUGACGAUGCAGGCCACUCCUACAAGGAAGCCAUCAAAGCGCACCUAGAGAAAAACCCACUCGUUGCUUCGAUAACGGACGUCGGCGUGCCCGCCCCAACCGACAAACGAGCCUACCCUCAUGUCGCCGUCGAGGCUGCCCACUUGAUCAAGGACGGAAAAGUCGACCGGGCCCUGAUGAUUUGCGGCACUGGUCUCGGAGUAGCCAUUGCCGCCAACAAGGUGGCUGGAAUCAGAGCCGUGACCGCCCACGAUCCAUUUAGCGUCGAGAGAUCCGUCCUCAGCAACAAUGCACAGGUUCUCUGCUUUGGCCAGAGAGUCAUCGGUAUCGAGUUGGCGAAGAAGUUGGUAGGCGACUGGUUGACCUACAGAUUCGACGAGUCCAGCGCCAGCGCAGAGAAAGUUAAGGCUAUCGGAGAGUACGAGGCCAAGUUCGGUGAAUCUAAGCAAUAG